UGACGGUACAGAGGGAAUCGUCCAGCUGAGGAGGAAGAGGGGGAAGAAAUCGAAGGAGGCCUGGUGAUGAAGAUGAUGAUGCUAGCCAGGGCCUGAAGUUCCCCCCGCUGAUACACAGGGACAGGCGGACUGCUGCUAAGGAUUAUCCCGGAGACUAGAGGACGGAGGAUAGGAGGAGGAGGCAGAGAGCAUCAUCCGGAGGCUGAGCCACAAAAGGGAAAGAAAGAGGGAGCCUGGAAGAGGAUUUCCGCAGUUGGAUUAAUUUGAUUUGCUGCUUUAGCCUGAGAUCUCUCAGAGGAUACUGGCCUUCACGAAGGAAGUCAAUUCAGGAUUUAUCAAGAAACACAGGCAGAUGAUAUCCGGCCUAACUGACACCAUAUCGGACGCUUGAUACUAUUGGACCUGCUUGGAGAGAAGAUGUCGGGUCAGACGUUGACAGACCGCAUCGCCGCGGCGCAGUACAGCCUGACGGGAUCCGAGGUGUCCCGAGCGGUGUGUAAAUCCACCACACAUGAGCAGACCGCUCCAAAGAAGAAGCACCUGGAAUACCUGAUCCAGGCCACCCAGGAUUCCACUGUGAACGUCCCCCAGAUGGCCGAUACACUGAUGGAGAGGGCCGGCAACGCCAGCUGGGUGGUGGUUUUCAAAGCCCUGAUCACCACGCACCACCUCAUGGUGCAAGGCAACGAGAAAUUCCUGCAAUUCCUGGCUUCUAGAAACACCUUGUUCAACCUCAGCAACUUCUUGGACAAAACUGGCUCCCAUGGCUAUGACAUGUCCACAUUUAUCAGACGCUACAGCCGUUAUCUCAACGAGAAGGCCUUCGCCUACAGACAGAUGUCUUUCGACUUUGGACGAGUCAAGAAAGGAGCUGAGGGAGCGAUGAGGACUAUGUCUGUAGAGAAGCUGUUGAAGGGAAUGCCGACCCUGCAGAGCCAGAUCGAUGCACUGCUGGAUUUUGAUGUGCAUCCUCCAGACCUGGACAAUCCAGUGAUAAAAUCCUGCUUCCUCCUGCUCUUUAAAGAUCUGAUCAAGUUAUAUGCCUGCUACAAUGACGGCGUCAUUAACCUGCUCGAAAAGUUUUUCCUGAUGAAGAGGAGCCAGUGUAAAGACGGGCUGGAGAUCUACAAGAGAUUCCUGACACGAAUGACUCGGGUUUCUGAGUUCUUCAAAAUCGCUGAGCAAGUGGGAAUAGACAAAAAUGACAUCCCCGAACUCACUCAGGCCCCAGAAAGUCUUCUAGAGUCCCUGGAGACCCACCUAAAUACCCUUGAAGGGAAGAAGCCGUCACCAACUAAGGAAGCUACGGCCAACAACUCCUUGCCGGCUGCUGCUGCUGCUGCUCCUGCUGCUGCUACUGCCGCACCACCGGCCAAGGCACCGCAUCGAGCUCCCCCUGCUCGCCCUGGGCCACCUACCAAACCUCCUCCGCCUGCCGUCACCCCCUCUGCACCAGCCCCCAUCACCACCACCAUAACUAGCAAUGCCCUCGAUGAUGGGUUCUUGUUGGAUCUGGACCCAAUUUCCUCCUCAUCAACAGGGGGUGCUGCAGCUGCUUGUUCUAUGACUGGAUGGGGAGAUCUUUUGGCUGAGGCAGCUCCAGCUGCCUCUGAUGGAGCUUCUGAAGCUCUCCUUGACGAGGGAGAGUCUGCUGAGGCUGAUGCUGAUGCUGAUGCUGCAGCUGAAGCUCCCAAAACCACCGCUACCACUGCUGCCACUGCUGCUGCAGCUCCACCAGUCCCCGCCUCUCUGCCCAUCUCCGCCCCUGCCACCACGUCAGCCACAGAAAUCGACCUUUUCGGAGAUGCGUUUGCACCUUCCCCAGGAGAUGGUCCUGCUGCCGUGGCCGCGGGCCCUGCUUCUGAUGCUUUUGGUGGAUCUGACCCCUUUGCCACGACGGAAGGGAGUGCAGACAUUGCUCCAGAGCUGGACCUGUUCGCCAUGAGGCCCGCCGCCACGGGGGCCACCGCCACCACCCCUGCCGCCAUCAUCCCUCCCAUCUCUAGUGAGGCGCCGACCAUCGUCGUCCCCAUCGCUGCCCCUGCUGAUCCCACCCCUUCUUCCACCACCACAACCACCACCGACACCCCCACAGAGUCUGCAGCCGCUCCGACUCUAGAUAUCUUUGGUGAUAUGUUUGAUUCAAUGCCUGAGCAAAGCCCCACAACAGAAUCCAAAGCUGCUACCACUCCUAGCGUAGACCUUUUUGGUGCAGACCUUCCUGCUGUCUCACGUGGGCCCUCUCCUUUGCCCGAGCUGGCUCCGGCUGGAGACAUUAUAACGGACUUUACAUCUCCAGCUCCUGCUGCUGCUUCUCCUUCCCUUGCUCCUGCUGAAACUCCAGGCCCAGACCCCUCGACUCCGCCCAAAGCAGAGUCUGUGCCAGUUAUUGACCUGCUGGACUCCUUCAGCAGUUCUGUGGAGGAGACGCAGAGCUCUGCUCCUGGAGGGCCUGGAGACGACCUGCUGGGAGGCCUGAUGUCUCCCAACCUGGCCCCCACUGCUGCUCCAACUCUGGCUCCCUUGGCUCCUUUAGCUCCUCUGGCACCCUUGGCUCCCUUGGCUCCCUUGGCUCCCUUGGCUCCUUUGGCUGCCUUGGCUCCUUUGGCUCCCUUGGCUCCAGCUCCGGCACAAAAUAACCUCUUGGAGUCAGGCUUUGAAGCCCUGGGCCCGCUGGUGUCUCCAACACGACCAGUCCGUGGAGCAGCUGCAGCAGCAGCAGCAGCAGCAGCAGCAGCAGCAGCAGCACCAGAACCUGCAACCACUACAUCAGCGCCCUCUGGUGGCUUUGAUGCUUCAAUGUUUGGUGGGUUAGGCGACUUGCUGAUGCCUGCCGUCACGCCCCAGAGUACCGGGGGCAGCACUGCUGGAAGCACAGCUGGAAGCAUGGGAACUCCUAUCGCACCAGGAGGCGUGGGGGCUGCUCCCCCGGCCACCCCGCCUCCCACCAAAACCAUAGGAGGGGAUCUGGACUCGUCACUGGCCAACCUGAUUGGAGAUCUCGGAGUAAAGAAAAAGGACCCACAGAGUGAGAAGAAGCUGACAGGAGGCGCCAACUGGACGCCACAUGUAGCCCCCACAAGCUGGGCUACACCAGGAGCCCCAAUGGCUGGGGCCACCCCUGGAGCUCCUGGAGCAUCAGGAGCCGGUCCACCUAGUGGAGCCAUGGUGCCACCAAUGAGUGCACAGCCUUGCUUUGCCAUGCCUCCAGCAGCGGGGCCUGGAGCUCCCAUGAUGCAACCCAUGAUGGGGCAGCCAAUGAUGGGACAGCCCAUGAUGAGACCUGCCUUCACAAGUGUGGCUGGAGCUGCACCUGGAGCCCCUGCACCAGGAGCACCGAUUUCUUCAGGACCUGCAAGCCAGAGUCCCAAGAAGCCCAAGGAUCCUCUGGCAGACCUCGACCUCAAGGACUUCUUAUAAUGGCCCAGCUACUUUCUUCUGUGGAGCAGGGACCUGGUGUCCAUCAACAUCUCAGGAUGCCAGCGAUGUUCAGCUUCUCAAACUUAGAGCAUCUUUUCCUCCACCCCUGCCCAUCAACACCCCACCCCUCUCCUGUGUGAUGUCGUAGCACAACUGUGAAAGUGAACCAUAGCGGAUUAUAUAAAUAAAUAUGAGAGAAAAAAAAAUGUAAGCUUGUGCUUAUCUAGAUGUACCAAUCUUUUGUUUAAACAAAACCCCACAAAACCCUGAAAAAAUAAGUCCACAAAUGUAUGUGAGAGAAAGUGAAGAUGUAUGUGUUUAGACUUCUUUCUAGUGUUGAGUUGAAUGAUGGAUGUGCUUUAGUGUCCUAAGCUCCUCCCACCUCCCCAUACUUUUGUCCUCGCCUCCUUCUGAAGGGGGAGGGGCUCGUCUUUGUCCCACUCUGACUCGAUGGGAGUGGUAAACAAAGCUCCCAUAGAUUUUCAGAGAAACAUGUGGUGUGUUGUUUACAGAAAAGUCCUCUUCGAUGUACAUAAAUUUCUCUGGCGAGGCUUCUGUCUCUAUUGUGUAUGUCUGUGGAAUCUGACAUGAAGUUGUAAGAAGUUGUGUGAGUAUCCUUAAAUUUCUCGUCAUCAUACGAAAGUAUUUGGAAAACGAAUAUAAAUAUCCGCUCUAUGAUCAAUAUUCUGUAUAUUAAGAAACAACCUUUGCAGGCUUCUGAAUCUUACUGGAGCAACGAGUGAUCCUUUCAGUUUGUUUCUUUUUUUAAACUUGUCAUUUUUUUUGUCUUUCUUGUCUUAUUUAUAUCGUUUGUUUCUUUUAGAAUAAUCCUCCGGUCUAAUGUUGAUAUUUGCUGGCACUGUUACUAAGAUCAAACGAAGCGUUCAACUUAGUUCCAGAGAAAAUGUUGAUUAAUUCAUGAUAAAGAUGGAAAUAAACUGCCCUUCAAUGUAACUGUACAACUUUCGAUAUAAGUGUCUACCUAUGAUAUUGACACUUCUCAUGUGGGUAUGUCUUCUGCUUGUGUUUACAUUAUAACUUAUAUGAACAAGUCAGUAUGUGGUUAUUUUGUAUCUCAUGGAUUAUCCCAUUGUCACAACAAACUCUAUGUUCAGACAGUUCAAAGUUAAAUAUGAUAUGAUAGAAAAAGUAAUCACAGAAGUUAAAAGAACAGAUUAAAGAUACCUGUGGAUUAUUUUUUUCUCAACAACAAAAGUUAAGUUUGCAUUCAAAGCUCUGUGUGUGCCACUGAGGAAUAACAAAGAUGUUGAGUGCAUUUACUUCCUCAUAAAACUUGUGGAACGCCUUUUUGGGGAAACCUGACAGCUAUGUUGUUUGCAAACUGGGGUCGGCUCAUCAGAAACUACUAUAUAGUGCCUCUAGUGGUCAAACAAGCCCCAGGGUUAAUUUAAGAUCCACGUUGCACCCAGAGCUGUUGGGCCAAAUUACAGUUGGGGUGUCGAAAAGUGUGAUAUUACAAAAAAGGAAAAACUAUAAUUUGACUGAUGUCUGAACAUAAUGUUUUUUCGAGUUGCUUCUCUGAUCACUGUUGACCUUCAUCCCAUCAGUGUAACUUCUGUGAUACUGUAAGUGGCCACAUGGGAGCAGUGUGUACAAACGCCCAGAGAUCAUCGUUGGGCCAUGAUCUUGUUUCCCACUGAUUUGCAAUGGACUAAAUAUGUUGUAGUGUUGACCUGUAUUUGGACAUAUGUAUGACCUCAUGCCCCUGUCCUGUGCUGUAACCUGCUGACCUUGUUCAUCAAUUCACUGAAAUGUGUAAGGAGUCGAUUGUGAGAAUCUGGAGAGAAUCUGAGAAAACAAUGGGAGAUUAUUGACAUUUUUCAUGACUGAAUUAUAAAAAUAUGUAUUUUUGUUUAGUUGUAAAAUUAUUUUAUUUACGAUGACCUUUCCCAGUGCAUGUAAGCCCUUUGAGAUGCAAUAAAUUCAAUGACGGAUUGAA